AUGAAUAAAAUUAAUUUUAUAUACAUUAUGAUUUGCAAAAUUGAAUGCUAAAUCCAUAAAGGUGAAAAACUAUCUGCUAUUUGUGUUGAUUCCUAUUGCGUUGCCAACACUCAAUGCUGUCCUCUCUGCAUCAAGGAAUCACAUAAUGUACAUGAACACAAAGUCGUGUCUCUAAUUUCCUUACAGUCAUUUAUUUCUGAUCAAGAAAACAUUAAAAGACAGAAUCUUGAAUUCAAUUCUGUUAAAUAGCAAUUGAUAGCCAACAGACUCUAAUUGGCUGAACUCACAGAAAUGAUUGAUGCCAAAAUUGAAAAGCUAAACAAAAAUUAACUUGGUUUCAAUUUAUCAAUCGAUUAAUUGAUGACUCUAGAUUCAGAAGAAUUACCCGUCCUCAAAAUUCUACUCAAUCAAUAUGAAAUUCAGAACAAUAUGAUCGUUGGAAUUGACCAACAAAUCAAGUCGAAGAUGGAGAUGCAAAUCUCUUAAUUACUUUCUUAGAUCAAUAUUUUAACUACUGAGUAUACAAAAAAAAUUAGCUAAACUCUAUCCAAGCUUUCAGUAGAGUAAUUUAAGGAAGAACUGAAAUUUUCCGAGGUCAAUAAACAUAAGCAUAUUCAGUUGAAUGAAGGCAGGACAGCAACACUCACAUAGUAAAUCGGAUAUGCUGUCAUAUAUAGUGAGUAAAGCUUUGAUCCUACAAAAGAAAGCUUCAAAUGCUCUUUCUUAAUUAAUGUAAUCUAUAAUAGAUAUUCUUUAGAAUCUAUCCUACGGUUUAGUUGGAUUUGGGUCCUUAGAAGCAAGCAAGACUAUGCAGUAUCAAAUCUAUGACUUCUCCAAAGGGCAUGGGUUCUAUGCGCUUCAUAACACUGGUGUCAUUUACCACAGCGAUGAUCCAGCCAUUAAUAACACCAAAAUCAAACCUCUUUCAUUUGACAAAGCAGAUUCAGUUGUUUGUUACUAUGAUGCUCAAUCAUAAUCAUUUACAUUCUUUAAGGAAUCCAAUAAGAAUGAGAAAUACACAAUGAAACAUAUUGACCCAUCUAAGAAAUUAUAUCCAGUUGCCAUUCUCUUUGGUCCAGGUGAUUCAAUAUCAUUUAUUUGA